UUUGAAGUAAUUUUAUAUGGAAUUAUCUGAGGAAUAAAUUUAAAUAUUUUUAAUGAUAUACAAAAGAGACUAGAUUGUGAAGAAAUGGGGGUGAAAAGGUUUAUAUGUACUUAUAGGAAUUUAUAAAUGAGUCAAAAGACAGCCAAUCAGUCAACUUGGCAUAGACUAUAUUGUAGUUUGAAAUGUUGACUUUUUGGUCACUGAAUGACAUGUCACAUUUUAUUUGUUAAGUGGGGCCAAAAUGCCGCUUCUCAAAAAAGUCCAUUUUGAGAAAGCACCCAUCCCAGAAAACCUGAAAGACUCAGACGAAGUUUUUUACUGUGAAUUCACCGACGAAAUCUUCCGAGAUUAUGAAGAAUACUCUGAAAAAAUCAUCCUGUACAACUCCAUGGUGUGGACUUGUGCAUUCACUGGAAAAACAAAUCUUACCUACAUCGAAGCUCUGGAAAGUGAGGAGCAAGCUAGGAAAAGCAUUCAAGAAUUCUCAGUUGAACUGAGGAUACCUUUACUGUACUUGGCCACAAAAACACAAAGAACUUCUUUCAUGGAGUUGUCCGAGGAUGUUUUUAUGUACAUGAAAAAUAGGUAUUUCAUUGGUGAGAAUAUAGAAGCUUCGUUUACUGGUAAUAAGUGGAAAGACUGUCAUAUUCUACAGGUUAUGGCUCCUACUGACCCUCUUCCUAAAACUCCACGAAAGAACGGCGCUAAGAACGAAGACAGACAGUUUUGGCCCCCUGCUACAGCUUAUAAGUAUGAAAUUGAACAUAUGGAUGCUGAAGAUAAUGAUAUUAGUGAGAUCAUGAUUGUAGAUUGUAGCCAGUUAAGGAGAAAAAAGGCUGCUUUCAAUAGAGAAAAAUGCAAGUUGUUCUUGAAGCAGUAUGUCGAACAAGAUGACAGACGCGUUUUUGUCGUAAAACCAUCAGUACUCGCUGAUUUCGGGAUUUUCAAAGUCAAAUGGGACCAAAUUUUCGACGGACCUUUGCCAGACUUUGAAUUUUCUCCAGUUAAAAAGAAGUCGCCUUACAUGAACGGCAAAAAACAAAAACAAGAAACUUUGGCGAAUUUCUUGAUGAGAAGUUCCAAAACAAAUGGAGCAAAUAAGGAGAGAAAACAGUCAAAUCUCUUGGAGCAACUUAAAAAAAGAGAAGAAGAGUUCAAAUUGAAGAAACAGCAGGAACACGAGCAAAAACUGGCGAAAAAACAGAUGCAAAAACAAGAAAGCAACCUGUUGAUAAGUCUAACGAAGAAGUGGUACAGACCGAAAGAAGAUCUCUCACUAGAAAAUCAACAAAAACUACCUGUUCUAUAUCAAGUGAUCUCGAAGAUACCUGAAGAACACUUUGGCAGUGUUUUGAUGAUAGCAGAAUUCGCGGAAACAUUCUCAAAGUUACUUGCAACCAAAGAUUUCUUUCCUGGAGGUUUGACGUUGGACGUUUUAGAGAGAGCUAUGACAGAAUUAGAGAUCAGUGGACCUUUUGCUGACAUAAUACAAAUGUUUUUAACAGCACUUUUCAAUGCACAAGAUGAGGAAUCUAGCCAGUACCGAACUACUACUGAAGAUACAGCUGACAUCAAAGAUGAAGAACUUCAAGAUGAUUUAAGCAUGAAAGAUGUUACUAGACUUGCAACGCUUGCUUCAAAAUGGAGUUCCAGAUAUUUGGGAUUGCCUUUAGCCAAGUUGCCUCUAUAUGCUGUGACAGUUACUGAGAUUCUUAGAUUGCACUUAUUGAGCUCUGGUGUAAGAAUUAACGAAACAGGAUAUAGAUGGAGAUAUGCUCAACGAGGAGGUUAUACAAAUGAAGCAGAUCCAGGUUUGCAUCUUAGGUUAGAACAUCCUCAUAUUCUGCGAGCCUUGGGAACCCAAUGUGUCAUUGAGUUGCCUAUUGAGGAUAAGCUGAGGAUUAUAGAUUGUCUUAUGAAUCAGUUGUUGACAUAUGCUGAUGUUAGGGAUAUUGUUGAAGAAAAAUUGGAAAGUACAAAGGAAUUGAAGCUUGAAUUAAAAUCUGUGCAACUAGCUGAGAGAAAAAGACAUGGAGAGUACUUGGCAAACAAAUCAAAGUUGCAGAAAGAAAUGAUAGGAGAUCCGAAGCUGCAAGAUGAGUUGGAGAAGUUGCAGAAAGAGGCUGAGAAGAAACAUGAAGAGAACACUAACAAGAUAGAAGAGCUGCAUAAGAGUAUCUACGAAUCUGUGGAUUUUUUGGGACAUGACAGAGCAUUCCGAAAGUACCUGAAACUCAACUCAAUCCCUGGUUUGUUUGUGAAUUGGGAAGGGAACAACGGAGAAUGCCUCUCAGAGGUAGUUCACCAGUAUUCUAAUUUGGUAAACCCUAGUACCUCAAUUUUGAAUAAGUAUUUUAGAGAGAAUUUUAUAAACAAAUCUGAUGGAUCUCCCAAGAAAUCUCCUAAAAAAUUUAACGGAUCUCUGAACGGUUCUUUGACAAAACAAGACGAACAUACUUUGACAGAUCUAUUGAUGUGUAAUACUGACCCUGAGACUUGUAAAGUACACUCCGAUAAGGUGAAACGUCCAAAGUGGUUAUUCAUCCAUGACAAGAAUCAGCUGGAGGAGUUUGAGAAUACUUUGAAUCCCAGAGGAGAAAGAGAAGGUGAACUUCUGAGUAUGAUAAAAAAUAACAAGGAAAGAUUGAUGGCUCUGAUUGAGGAGACCCCAGUUACUACGCUCAAUCCGAAUGUCAAAGUUCCUCAAAGUGAGGAUGAAGACCAAGAACAGAAAUCUAAGAAGACUAGUAAAAGAGGGAAGAAUAAGUAUGAAGACGUCAAUCUCGGAUACCCUGUUGAUAUGAAUCCUCAAAAAGUGCUUGAAAAUGCGCUGGUAGAUAAUAUUUUGGAGUUGGAAGAGAAAAUGUCUGCAGGAGGUUUAGGGAAGCUUUCGGUUAAGAAUAGAGAAGCGUGGAGAAAUUGUUUGCAAAGUAAAGAGUAUGAUAGUUUGAAUGAGCAUGUGACAAAAGACAAGAAGGUGGAGAAUGUUAAGAAGGAGAAUAGAAAUAGUAAUAGCCGUUCAGCUACACCAGAAAUUCCUAGUAAAGAAGAAAAGUAUCAGGAUCCGGCAAAGUUCCUUGGCUGUACUGAAAGCGAAUCAGCUGACAUUGAGCAACAAGAAAACCUCAAAAAAUCUCUGAAAGCUCUAACGACAGCGUUGACUCAAGUAGCUUACUCCUUAGAACCUAAGUACCUCAAGAAACCCCUCGGCCAUGCUGAAGGCUGGAGAAGCAAAAAAUCUCACGGCGAUCUCUUAGACAAAUGGGAACAAUCUUUGGCCGCAAGCACCAGCUUUAGUCAGAUAUUCCUCCACUAUCUCACCUUAGACUCUUGCAUAAUGUGGUCUCGAUCAGCGUUACUCGCCAGAUGUCGCAUUUGUCGAAGACAAAAGGACUCGGAGAAUAUGCUGUUGUGUGACAAUUGCAAUCUAGGACAUCAUUUGUAUUGUUUGAAGCCAAAGUUGUCGAGUAUACCGCAAGGGGAUUGGUUCUGCGAUAGGUGCAAGAAGGAGAAGGAGAAAGAAGAGAGAUUAAAACAACCUUCGGAGCCGCAACCUGCGAAGAAGAGGAAGAUUUUCGUGGAUGAGGAUGUCGAGGAAGAAGAGAGUGGCGAGGAAGAAGAUGAUGUUGAUGAAGAGGAAGAAGAUGAUGACGCCGAUGAAGAAAGGUUAUGCAAGCGAUGUGGCUCAGGCGGGGAAGUAAUCACCUGCGAAAAAUGCUCAGUGUACUACCAUUUAGAAUGCUGCAAGCCCCCGAUGAGGCGAGCCCCUAGGGGCGCCUGGACAUGCGAAAAAUGCAAAAACAAAUCCGAGACAAAACGCAAACGAUCCUCGUCACCUGAAAAUGGCGCGCGAACAGGCGGUAGAAGAAAUGACAGAUAUUUGCCCCUACAUAACGCAGCUCUUCAAGAACUGCUCAGUGACGUCAUAAAACACGAUGACGCUUGGCCGUUCUUGAAACCCGUGCAAAAGUCCGAAGUACCAGACUAUUAUGAAGUCAUAGAGAAACCGAUGGACUUCGGGACCAUUAAGUACAAGCUGAACAUGGGCGAGUACUCCGAGGAUAGUGAGGUUAUGGACGAUGUCGUGUUGAUAUUCGAGAAUUGCAACACGUACAAUAAUUCCGACGCUGAAGUGUACAAAUGCGGUGUGAGAUUGUUGAAGUAUUUUGCGCAGAAGGCGAAAGAGUUGGAUUUGGAGGUGCCCGAAGAGUUAGAAGUUGAGGAAGAGCAGCGAUCUACGAAGAGGUCGCGCAACAAAUGA